GUCAGGCGCGCUCUUUGCGUCAUCAGCGCACGCCUCCAGAAUGAAAAAUAGGUCUGCUUACAGAAGGCAUGGCCGCUACCGGGGCGGUGGCGGUGUUAUCGUCGGCUUUGAAGGUAGACACUGUCCCAGUCCCUGAAACUGCAGGAACAGCCGCAGGAAUGGCUGCGACCUCUUCAGCUACGGCUGCAGCGGCGGCAGUUGCGGCCGCGGCCAGGACCGGAUCCGAAGCUAGGGUCUCCAAGGCCGCUUUAGCUACUAAGCUGCUGUCCCUGAGCGGCGUGUUCGCCGUGCACAAGCCCAAAGGGCCCACUUCAGCCGAGCUGUUGAAUCGGUUGAAGGAAAAACUGCUGGCAGAAGCUGGAAUGCCUUCUCCAGAAUGGACCAAGAGGAAAAAGCAGACUUUGAAAAUUGGGCAUGGAGGGACCCUAGACAGUGCCGCCCGAGGAGUUCUGGUGGUUGGAAUUGGAAGGGGAACAAAAAUGUUGACCAGUAUGUUGUCAGGGUCCAAGAGGUAUAUUGCCAUUGGAGAGCUGGGGAAAGCUACUGACACGCUAGAUUCCACAGGGAAGGUGACAGAAGAAAAGCCCUAUGAUAAAAUAACACAAGAAGAUAUUGAAGGCAUUCUACAGAAAUUUACUGGGAAUAUAAUGCAAGUACCUCCCCUCUAUUCUGCAUUAAAGAAAGAUGGCCAAAGACUUUCAACCUUGAUGAAGAGAGGGGAAGUUGUAGAAGCAAAGCCUGCCAGGCCAGUUACUGUGUACAGCAUCUCCCUUCAGAAAUUCCAGCCACCAUUUUUCACGUUAGAUGUUGAAUGUGGAGGAGGUUUUUAUAUCAGAAGCUUGGUCAGUGACAUUGGCAAAGAGCUGUCUUCCUGUGCCAAUGUGCUAGAGCUGACGCGGACCAAACAGGGACCUUUCACGCUGGAGGAGCACGCCCUUCCUGAAGACAAGUGGACAAUUGACGACAUCGCUCAGUCUCUGGAGCAUUGCUCAUCUCUCCUCCCAGCAGAGUUGGCACUUAAAAAAUCGAAACCCGAGGAGCCUAAUGAACAGGUUUUGAGUUGUGAAUAUAUAACGCUAAACGAGACAAAGGGAGAAGAUGAUGUAAUUAAGACAUUUUGAGAUUGACCUGGGAAUACCAUUUCCUGUGUGGCAUUUGCAUCCCGAGCGCAGAUGCAGACUGACAAGCUACAUGCAAGGGACGCUUAUUCCUGACUUUAUUUUUUGCAUGGAGGAAAAUGUCCACCGUUUACAGGUUUCUAUAGUGUAUGAUUUGUUUGCUUUGCCUUAUAUAUGGCCUGGUAAUUCAGUUCCUUGCCGUGCUAUGGAAUGUUCUUUUAGGAUAGUUUUCUGUUAAAAUGUGAAUAGGAUUGGGUUCAGGAAAGUUUAACUUUCUGAAUUUGAUGUGUCUUCAGUUUUUUCCUGUGAAAAAGUUGAACAAAUUUUCUAAUCAAAGAAAAAAUACGGGCCAUGUAUUUCAGUUUCACAAAAGUGAAUGUCAUUUAGUGUUAUUUUGACUUUAUUUAGGCUUCCUUGGUGGCUCCAUUUUAUUGAAAUCCAUGAACUUUUUUGAAAUGGCUGCUAUUGAGCUCUUUUCUUGUGUUUUAGAGAGUUUGUUAUUAUUACAAACAUUUCUGUGAUAAAA